AUGGCUGGUAGAGGAGGAAAAACGAAAAGUGGGAGAAGCUCAAGAGCUCAAAAAUCCGAUGGUCCUGCUGUUGAGGUGCUAUCAGAAGAAAACACUAGUGAUGAUCUGCCUGAACACCCCUCUAAGAGAGGCCAGAAAAGGAGUCGUCCAGCUACUAGAGGUGGAGUCUCUAGUAGAACUAGAGCUAGAAAAGCGGUGUCUUAUGGGAAUGAAUCCGUAGGAGAUGAUGCAGUCGAAGAAGAGAGUCCUCGAGUCCAGCAAGAGAGUGCACCAAUGAGAGAUACGAAUGUAGCUUCGUUCUCACUUGAUACUGAAAGCGAAGACAUGUCUGCUGCUGUGUCCUCUAAGGAAAGCCAACCAUCGCAGCCGCUUGAAUUGUACUUCAAGAGCACAAAGUACCCGAAGACUUGCAAGAUUCAGUCGAAGUGUAAAUUGAAGGACACAAUCGACCUGAUUAAGGGGUUAAAAGAAGAAGUCGACUGGUUCACAAGCCAUCCACAGUUUUGUCAUUUCUUCCACAUGCCUGAUGAAGAAUUCCGGAAGCUCCAAGGAAUGUGGAUGUUACUCCUGCGCACCAUUAAAAUUGAAGGAGAAGAUGCUGCAUGGUUUGGGGUGAAUGGUGUGCCCAUCCGAUAUUCUAUGAGGGAGCAUGCCCUCAUCUCUGGCUUGGACUGCCAUGAGUAUCCGAGGAGGUAUUUGGAGCUCGGCAGUACUAAGUUUGUGGAGUAUUACUUUGGUAAGAAGAGGAUCACCAUAUUAGAUGUGGAGCAGAAGCUGCGGUCUAUGAAGCAACCAUGUAUUGAUAGAUUGAAGAUGGCUGUCUUGUUCUUCUUUGGUCGGGUUAUCAGAGGAGGGAAGGAUUCCGGACCAUUAGACCCGUUCAUCUUGAGGAUAGUGGAAAAUUUGGAUGACUGCAUAGACUUUCCAUGGGGUCGUCUAACAUUUGAGGAAGCAAUAAAGGAGUUGAAGCAUGUGAUGAAGCGUCUGGAUGGUGAAGUGACCACUGCAACCAGCUUUAAUGGAUUCAUAAUUCCGUUAGAGGUUUUGGCUUUUGAGUGUAUUCCUAAGCUAGGGAAAAAAUUCAGAAUCUCUUCACCUGGCGCCAGUGGAGAUUGUCCUAGGAUGUGCAAGAGCCGGUUUAUUCAUAAUAGCAUGAAGGGUUAUCCUUUGGAAGAUAUAUAUGAUGCGUUUGGAAACACAAAGACUAUUCACAGUGUGUUGGUUCCAACUGUGGAUGAGCAAACUUUGCUAGCUCGUAUCAUUGAUCCGGAGCCAGAGUAUCACCGUGAGGGCAGCACAAGUGAUAGGUGGAAUCACUGGCUUAAUGUGAAGCAGAAGAAGAUUUGGUGGAAAGAGUUGUAUGAGUCAGAUAUUGCUGCACGAGUGUUUGCAAAGAAGAAGGACAAAGAAAAAGUGAUGAUUGAAGCAGGUUCUUCUUCUAAUGUUGGCAUGGAGUCGAUCUUGAAAGGUUUGGAAGAGAGGAUGGUGAAAGUCAUGGAAGAAGGAUUUUCUGGAAUUAAUUUGACAGUAGAUACAAAGCUGGAGGCUAUGUAUUGGACGUUGGAUGAACUUGAAAAGUCCCAACGAGUUCUGAAAGCCAAGUAUAAGAAGAUAGAAAAGAGGCUGGCUUCUAUAGAAGAAGAAAAGGGUUAUGAGGAUGUGGAGUUUAGACAGUGGAAUGAUUUUGAUUUUGAUUAUGGUAGAGAUCAGAAUGAGCAGGGUCAGGAGGACAAGGAGGACAAGGAAAACAGUGAGAAGGGUGAGGAAGAGGAAGAGCAGAAAGAGCAGGAAGAAAAAGACAGUGAGGGAGAGCAGAAAGAGCAGGAAGAUCAUGAAGAGGAAGACAGUGACGAAGAUUCUGAGUUGGAGAGGAUUGUGGAGAGAUCGAGAGUAUCGGCGGAAGCAUUUUUCAGAAGUGUUGAAGAGCAAGAUAUAAGAGAAUUGGCAGAAAUUGAGGCUGAGAAAGAAGCUGAGGAAAACGCUGAGAAAGAAGCAGAAGCUGAGGAUAAAACAGAGGAAAAAGAUGAGGAAAAAAAUGAGGAAGAAGCUGAGGAGGAUGCUGAGAAAGAAGUAGAAGCUGAGGAUAAAACAGAAGAAAAAGAUGAGGAAAAAAAUGAGGAAGAAGCUGAGGAGGAUGCUGAGAAAGAAGUAGAAGCUAAGAAAGAAGCAGAAGACUAA